AUGUUUGAAUUGAAUCUGAAUCGAACGGAUUUCGCGCAAGUGGGGACGACAAACCGAAAUUGCAUGAAAGUGAUCCCCGUUGAUAAAGCCGAACUACGCAAGAAGGGACGCGGACUCGACAAGAUUGUGGUUGGAAGUCAAAAUGGAUGCGUGAUAUGCAUUUGUCGUAAGCACAACGAUACGCAAAUCGUUUACAAAACUCUGCCGGGUGCUGCCAUUGAAGCUGUUUGUCUGGGUGGAGCUCUUGGAAGUGUUCAGGAUAAGGUUUUUGUCUCCUCGGAAAACACGGUGAGAGGAAUCAGCAAAAAGGGAAAACAGUUCUUCAACUUUGAGACAAAUAUGGCUGAACAUGCGAAGAAGAUGUACAUUUAUGGUGUAGACCUAGUGCUUUGUGGGAAAAAGAGCUACAAUCACUAUCACGAUUGUGCAGAUGCAAAUUAUGUGUUAUGCAAUGAAGAGAUUCACGAUGUGGUUGUUUUGGCGAUGGAGGGAGCCUGGGGAGGACGGGCUUUCACGGCUAUACUCGCGUGCAACGAUGGAACUAUAAAGGUAAUCGAAGGCUCAAAAGUUGACUACGAGAUUCAGCUGAGUGACAUCCCGUACACACUCUAUCUUUUUAUGGGUGAUGGUGGCUUUAAUCGUCAAAUGGUUUUGUAUGGGACAAAAGGUGGUCGAAUUGGCUUACUCGAAGUGCCCGCCGGUGGUGGACAAAUCAUCUGGGAGAUCAACACUACCACCGCUGCUGCUGUCACUUGUAUCAUUUGCUAUGCGAUGACUGGGAACUCAUCUCCAGAUAUUAUUCUUGGAAAAGAAGACGGACUCGUUGAAAUUUACACUGUGGACGAGUCGGAUAAAACGAAUUUCAAGCAGAGCUAUCAAUGCGAAGAGAGCAUCACAGGAAUUGGCUGUGGAAGAAUUUCAAACGAGGAGGUUGACGAACUUAUAGUGUGUACUUAUACGGGCUGGCUCUUUUCUUUGAGUCGGCAAGCAUUCGGCGCCACUCCAGCUCCAAACGAAAAGGGACAACUUCCACCCACUCAACCAAUUCAUGUGAAAGUUCAACAAUUGAAAAAUGAACUGGAUGAGUUGGAGGCGAAAGUGAACGAGGAGAGAAAUCGGUACGAAGAAUUGACGAGGAAAGGAGGCAAGACUUCAGCUUUCGUCCCACACUUUCAGGUACAUGAUAAUUUCACCUUCAACAGCACUCAUUGUUGCUAUAUUUUAACGCUAGAGCUGGUGAUCCCCAUUGACUACAUUGUUAUUCAGAGUGAAGUCGAUAUGAAACUUCUUGAAGCUGAAAAGAAUACGGCCGUUAUUUCGCAUACUGAAGCCGAAGAGAUGGGUUGGAAAGUGUUGGCUACAUAUCGCUGUCAAGCUAACACGACGCGAAUCGAGCUGAGACUGCAAGUCGAUGAUGGCGUUGCUGGUGCACUGCAUGUCUAUGUUUGCCCAAAGAUUCACCCAAAAAUGUGUCAGUCUCGUACCUACGAAGUGAAACCGUUGGCCACGUACACGAGAGUGCACGCAUUUGAUGUGGCUCGACCGAAGAACACUCUUUCGUUCACUGGAAGCUUUUCAUUGGCGGAAGCGCAUGCGUGGUUGGUGCAAUGUCUACCAUCACUUCCACCUAGACCUCCACCACAGGACUCGGUUCAGUUUAACUUUCAGUCAACAGUCAACGGCGGGACACAGCUUCAAGUCUCUUAUAGUCGCGGUUCGAUCAUUUUCACGUCCGACUCAAUGUCAGCGAUCGCGAUUGUGCGCGAGAAUAUUAGUGAAGAAUUGACUCGACGACAGAUCAAAGCUGCCACUCAUUGUGAUCUUGAUGAAGCUAGCAUUGACUAUUGUCUAAAGUUGUUGAAUCCAAAAAUGUCUCAUUUACACGAAGUGGAAAGGCGCAAGAAUUUCGCUCUUGCCUUGAAGGAACUCGAGGCGAAUAACGAGUCGAUCGAGGAUUGGAUCACCGAUGAAUACGCGGCAAUUCUCCGAGAUCACAACAAAAUCUUCGAAGAAGCCGCCAGAGACAGCCUACAAGACAGCAACAUUGUCAGCAUUUACGAGGAUCUAUUGUUAUAUCGAGGAGUUCUGAUGGGAAUGAAUGCUCGUGGAAGAUUGCCCGCUCUUCGCGAACUCCUUUUCACCAAUUAUAGCCUCGAGAACGUUAAAACUUUCUUCAAAUCAACAGGCAAUGAUGCGGAUAUGAAAAAG